CGACUACCACCACCACAGCCAGCAGCAGCAGCAGCAGCAGCAGCAGCAGCAGCACUUGUCUUGUGAAGAGGAAAGUGAGGGGGCCCUCCCCCACGUCUACACCGCCUAUGCGGAGCAUUUGCUGCUCGAGAUCCUGUGCGAAGGUUCUCAGGCAGCAAAACGCGAAGUUGCUGCUGACCAGCAGCAGCAGCAGCAGCAGCAGCAGCAGCAGCAGCAACCGUCUUGCGGGGAGAGCGCCGCAGCCCGCGCUGCGGCGGCGGGCUCAGCUUCCGGCUCCUCUGUAGCGACCUCCCCGCUGUCAGCAGCAGCAGCAACAGCAGCAGCAGCAGCUGCUGCUGCUGCUGGGCACAGCGACGGGGACACCGAAGGCAAGAGCAGCAGCAGCAGCAGCAGCAGCAGACGCAGAUGCGGGGUGCACACGCGGGCGCUCACGCGAGCGCUCACGGAGUGCCCGGGGCAGGGCUGUGCUGCUGCUAGCGAGACGCAGCAGCUGCUGCAGCAGCAGCUAGUGCUUGGCAGCUUAGCAGCAGCAGGAGCUGAGGCCCUUUGGUGCUGCUCCAACAGAGACCCCUUUCAGCAGCGCCACGGGGCAGCUUACGGGGGCAGCAGGGACGCAGCAGCAGCAGCAAAACGCCGCAACAUGCUCACCCGCCAGAUGCGCAGACUCACCUCAGCAGCAGCAGCAGCAGCAGCAGAAGCGCCCGCCUGCACGGCCCGCUGCUGCCGCGGCGGGAACUGCAGCAGCCUCCGCAGCAACUCGGGGCAGCCGAGAGCUGCAGCAGCAGCGCCAGCAGCAGCAGCAGCAGCAGCAGCAGCGAAGGGUUCUGGAGCAGCAGAAGCGUCGCCCGCGACUCAAGCAGCAGCGUCCCAAACCCCAGCAGCGCUGCCGCAGGCCGCAACAGCAGCAGCAGCAGCAGCAGGACAGGCAGCAGCAGCCUUGAGGCAGCUCCCAGUGCACCAGCAAGCGCAGAGGCUGCGGAGGCAGCUGCAGCAUCUGCAGCAAAAGGAGCUGCAGCGGUUUUUUGCCCUAUCGCAGCAGCAGCCCCUUCAGAAGCAGCAGCAACUUGCUGCUGCAGCUGUUGCGGCGGCUGCAGCUACUGUCUCGGGCGCAGCCAACUCGGCGCCGGCCGCGCAGCAGCAGCAGCCUGCAGCAACACAGGCUGCUGCUGCAGCAGCAGCAGCAGCUGCUGCUGCUUCUUGGCCCCACCCAAACCAUUUGAAGCCUCAGCAGGGGAGCUUCCCUUCGGGGUUUUUGCUGCAGCAAAUUCUGCAGCUGGAGUCGCAGCAGCGGCGGCAGCAAGAAGCUGUGGAGAGCGGCGCAUGCAUGCCAGCAGCGCAGCAGCAGCAGCAGCAGCAACUGCUGCAGCGCCACAGACAGCAGUUGCUGCAGCAAAAGCUGCUGCUGCAGCAAGCAAGCUGCAACCCUCAGCAGCUUCUCAUGCUCUCUGGACGGGCGCACUUAUUUGCCCAAAUGAAGGCAGCGAUGAAUGCUGCAGCAGCAAAGGCUGCUGUGGCAUCUCUGCAGCAGAACCAGCAGCAGCAGCAGCAGCAGCAAAAGCUCUUGCAGCGGCAUCUGCAGGGACUCCAAGGCCGUCUCCAGCCGACGGCAGUUGCUGCUGCGCUACAACCUGCAGCAGCAGCAACCUGCGCUCCGAACCCAGCUGCACAGCAGGUAGCAGCAGACCAGCAGCAGCUGCAGCAGCAGCAGCAGCACGUGGAGCCCGAAGCUGCAGCAGCGGAGGUUCCCGUUGCUGCAACAGCAACCGAAGGAACUGAGAAAGAGAGGAUCGGGGAUCUGCAGCAACCGCAAACGCAGCAGCAGCCGCAGCCACAGGAGCAGCAGCAGCAAGAGCAGCAGCAGCAGCAGCCACAGGGCCAGCAGCAGGCGGAGGAGCAGCAGCAGAAGCAGCUGCUGCCGCCGCCGGAACGCGAGCUGCAGGAGCCAGCGGAGCAGCCGGUGCUUCCGGACAUUGCAGCAGCAGCAGCAGCAGCAGCAAACAGCUGCUGCCAAAGCUACAGCCUCACAGACAUGGGAAGAAGAAGAGAGGGCCCCACAGCUGUGCUGCUGCCGCCUCUUGCUGCUCCUUCGGAGGCCUUUUGCCGCAGUGCUGAGCAGCUGCCGCACGCCACUACCUUGGCGUGA